AUGUCACUAUCUGGGCCUUCUGCUGUUACAAGUUCUGUUUCUGAGGAAGUUCAUACUCGGUUCCUCCACCAUAGUCAAAUCUCUGAAGCUAUUGGAGGGUUGCCGACUUUGCCAUAUCCACUUCCUGGAUCAAGUAUUGACAACCCGAUCGACAUUGAUGCUCUCAGAAACACGGGAAAUGAUAAUAGUAUUAUCUCUCAUGAUUUACAACGCCCCGGUGACAGUAUUGAAAACCCAAGUGAUCUUGAUACAGUUUCCGCAGCAACGGGUGAUGUAACUGAGCUCAUUGCCUCCUUACCGGUAAGCCUGGCCCAGACUGAGCUUAUGCCAGACGGCCGGUCCCUAGAAACAUACUAUGAGUGCAAGAUAUGUUAUUGUAAGGUAGUAGAUCUGGUACUAGGCUGUGGCCAUACCUACUGCUAUAAUUGCUUCAAUAACUUCUUCCACGACUCUGUUCUCAGGCAAGCUAGAAGAAGACAGGCAUUGGCGUAUGAGUAUCUGGCAGGCCGACAAUGCAAGCCAUUUUGUCCUUAUUGUAUGGAGGUACUUCCCGGGAAGUAUACGGACCCUGAGGAUCGUGAUCAUCUCAAAGGCUUCUAUGUCCCACCAAGUUGCCCGGAAUCGGGAAGGUUGCAUUGCUUUAUCGAUGACUACAUGGUGCAGGGCGUCAGAUUGAGGAUGCUCUGA